CUAAAAUCAUCCAAGCACAAGCCCCUCUCUCUCUCUAGCUAGCAUUUUGCUUCUCUUUGUUGCAGUGCUUGUCUUGCUCUGCUUUAAAAAUAAAAAAAAAAUAAAAAACUUUGUGGAAGUGUUUCUGUAUCUCAUUGAAGCUCAGAUUUUUCAAUACUGGAAAAAUGUUUGCAGAGGCAGGACUUCUCUUCCCAUAUUUUCGAAAUUUCACUCAAGAGUUUCAACAACUUGAGGAGUACUGCAUGACCCAGAAGUCCAAUGCUUCAAUGAAUGACCUUGUUCAAUCUUCUUCUAUAAUCUCAGAAUAUGAUUUGUUAAUAGAGGGAGAUCUGUUCAAAGCACCUGAACCUGUAAUUGAAGAACCAGCCAUGGACCUUGAUCCUGUUCAAGCAGCCAUUUCAAUGAUAUCUUGUGGGGAUGAUGUCUCCUCACAAGGUCUAAAAUCAUCUGAUAUUGAUGUACUUCAAAAUGAACAGCUUCUGAGUGAGGUAUUCUAUGAGUGCAAAAAGGAUCUCUUAGAAAAGACAGUGAUAGAGUCACCAGUCUCUGAUAUUAUGGAAAUCAAGGUUCCAGCUUUGAACAUCGAGGAGAAUUCAAUUCCUGAAAACAAACCACUUCCUGACAUGACUCUACCAAAGAGUAUCAGUUCGGGAAGUCUGAGUUCAAUGGACUGGAUGCAUGGAGCUGCGAUGAAGCCUGCAUUCCUAGAUUUCCCCGGAAUAGAUUUCAAUGCAGUUUAUGGCAUGCGGAGAGCAUUUAGUGAAGGAGAUAUAAAGACUCUCAGUAAUGGCAACACAAACAUUGGCCAAUCUCCCCGGGAAAGGACUUUUCUUCCCAGCAACUGCACUAGUGAGGAACGUCAAGAAAAGCUCUCCAGAUACAGGAAUAAAAAGACAAAGAGAAAUUUUGGCAGGAAAAUUAAGUAUGCUUGCAGGAAGGCACUAGCAGAUAGCCAACCAAGAAUCCGUGGAAGAUUUGCAAAGACUGAAGAAUUAGAUGUCAAGAGGCAAUGACUGGUAACUAACUCAGGUGGGUGUAUCUGGUCAAGAUGUUUGGAAGAGCUAUGCGCGUGAAAACUAUAGACUUGGUGGAGUUCUAUAGCUUGAACAAGUUUUGCUGAAAGGAAUAAAUAAGGCAGAAAACUAAAACUCCUUAGUUUGCCUCUUAUCUGCUGUAGACUGUAGUGGCCUUCUUUGUAGAAUGAAUGACCUUCCCCGUAUGUAAAUAAGGUUUGAUGAAUAAAAGAAGGGAAGAGUAGUUAAGUUGUAUCAUGUUCAUAUUAUAUAUACACACACAUAUAUAUAUAUAUAAUGUUUAUUUCGUUAUUUACA